AUGGUUUUGGCUAUUGUUACAGGUGCUGCAAACGGUAUUGGACGCUCUGCCGCUCUUCAGUUGGCCAAGGACGGCUUCGAAGUGGCUAUCAUUGACCUUCCUACUGCCAAAGCCCAGGCUGAAGCCGUGGCUAAAGAGAUUUCCUCGAAUGGCGGUAAAACUGGUGUUUUCUACGCUGACGUUAGCAAAAAAUCCCAGUUCGAGGCUGCCUUCAAAGACGCCGUCAAGCAGUUGGGACCCUUGGACGUGAUGGUGAACAACGCCGGCGUUUCCAUCAUGGACCCCAUUGAAUUGAUCCUGGAGGAAGAUCUCCAGACCAUGUUUGACGUGAACGUCAAGAGUUGCAUCUGGGGUAUGCAGCUUGCUAUUGGCGAGUUCAAGAGAACUGGCCACAAGGGUAAGAUCAUCAACGCUGCUUCGUCGUUGUCCCACCAGGGCAUGCCCACAGUUGGUGCUUACGCCAUGUCCAAGGCUUGUAUUAAGAGCUUGACCCAAACUGCUGCCAAGGAGUACGCUGACUUGGGUAUCAUGGUGAACUGCUACUGCCCUGGUCCUAUCAGAACGGACUUGUUCGAGGGCAUUGUCGAGAAGAGUGUCAAGUUAGGUCUUGCGUCUGCCGACGAGGUUGUGGAGCUCCAGAGAAACGGUAUGAUCAUGAAGAAGUUCGGCACCACCGAGGAGAUCGCCGAUAUCAUUUCUUUCUUGGCCAGCCCAAGAAGAAAGUGGAUCACUGGCCAGGGCUUCACUGCCGACGGAGGAUUGAACUUUGUGUAA